AUGACGGUCAUAACAAUUUCCCAGAGCGGAACCGAUCCGAGUCAGGGGUGCAUUCCUCUUGCCUCUCUCCAACACGGUCGAGGUUGUGACGAUAUGGCAGAGACUCGGGCUGGUAACCUGGGGGCAGUUCAUACCAAAUUCAAUGCUGCCGACGCAGAUGUGGUCUUUCAAUCACCCGACGGUGUGCAAUUCCGGGUACACAGACGGAACCUAGAGAUCGUCACAGGUGCCUUCCCUGGCAGCGAAUUCGACACAUGCGGAGAGAUAACGCAUCUCACGGAGCCUGCGAGGGUGCUGGCGGUCAUAUUCGACUUCAUCUAUCCGAGGAGGUACCCUGACUUGAAAGAUCUUCCGUUCGAGACACUUGCGGAGGUGGCUGAAGCAGUGGAGAAAUACGAAGUUUUCUCUGCGAUGCCCACGUGUGAGACACGCUUGAGAGAGUUCAUUCCUCAACGAUCUUUGGAGAUCCUUGGACACGCCCUCAAACACGGAUAUUCUUCUCUUGUCGCCGAAGCAGUACCACAUAUAUGUCGCCUUCCUUUGUCCACAGUCAUGGAGAAAUUGCCGCUGCAUUACUUGCCUGCCUGGGUCCACUAUUAUGAGGCUUGGAGUUCAAUAUUCGCUUAUGCUAGGCAUUCACUCCGUGGCGACAAUGGCUUCCAGUCAUGUCAGAAAAUCGUUCUGGGAAGCCCCCUCGUUAGUAGCUGCUGUCAGGCAUGCAGAGCCGCCUGUGUAGCCUAUAUCACGAGCCUACAAGAACUGAACACACUUUCCGCAUUGAAGGAUGCCCUCUCGUUCACGUUCAACCCCUUUCCUAGCGGCCAGCAAUACUUCCAUUGCGGUAAUUGUAAUGGCACUUGGGGAAGGACUGACGGGAUCUACUUGUGCUAUCACUUCGUCACUGUGUCUAACAGCAUCAAGAAAGGCAUCGACACAAUCCCUCCCUUUGAUUACUUUUUAAAGGGGAACUCUUGGGGCCAAACAUCAUAG